AUAUUGAAGCUCCUCAGAUACGCUGUCCAGAAAAUAUUGAGACUGAGACUCUGGAACAUCAUAACUCUGCUAAUAUCAGCUGGCAGGUACCAACAGCUGACGAUAACUCUGGAGAUGAGGUCUCAGUUCAUGUUACCCCAGCUUUCAUACCACCGUUUCUUCUCCCGAUUGGUGAAGUUGCCAUUACUUACACAGCAGCUGAUAAGUCAGGCAAUGAAGCAAGCUGUACGUUCAGUGUCAAGGUUAUUGAUGCAGAACCUCCGGUAAUUGACCGAUGCAGAUCUCCACCACCCAUGCAAGCAGUAGAGAAUGAGCACCCAGCAACAUGGGAAGAACCACAAUUUUCAGACAAUUCAGGUGCUCCACUGACUGUCACUAGGAGUCAUGCACCUGGAGAUCUCUUUCCCAAGGGAGAGACAACAGUUCGAUAUACAGCCAUGGAUCCCUCUGGCAAUAACAGGACAUGUGAGAUCAGCAUUGUCAUCAAAGGUUCUCCAUGUGAAAUCUCCUUUGAGCCUGUGAAUGGUGAUUUUAUAUGCACAUCAGAUGAAGCGGGAGUUAAUUGCACGUUGCACUGUGCAGAAGGUUACAGCUUUUCAGAAGGAUCAAGUGAAAACUACUAUUGUGCAUAUAAGGAUGGUGUAUGGAAGCCACCUUAUUCUCCAGAGUGGCCUGGCUGCUCUAUAAAUCGUUUUGCAAACCAUGGGUUCAAAUCCUUUGAGAUGCUGUACAAAGCAACACGAUGUGAUGACAACAGUCUUCUAAACACCUUCACUGAUGCAUUCCAGAGUGCGCUUGGUAAAAUGGUCCCAUCAUUCUGUAAUGAUGUUGAUGAUAUUGACUGCAGAUUGGAAGAUCAGACACAGAAACAUUGCUUGGAAUAUAAUUAUGAUUACGAAAAUGGAUUUGCCAUCGGACCUGCCGGCUGGGGGACAGCAAACCAGCUGGAUUAUUCCUAUGAUGAUUUUGUUGAUGCAGCGCAAGAAGACGACUUAUCCAAGCAUCUCUCUGCCUCUGUAAAGGCAGCACCUGCCCGAGUCAAAAGGCAUAAGCUGAAUGUUCCAAUGACCGACCACAAAAUCAAGUUAAUAUUUAACAUCACGGCUAGCGUGCCACUGCCUGAUGAAAGGAAUGAUACAUUGGAACUGGAAAACCAGCGACGGCUCCUUAAAACUCUGGAGACGAUCACGAACAGGCUGAAUAGGACUCUCAAUAAGGAACCCAUGUAUUCUUUCCAGUUUGCGUCCGAACUCAUUGUAGCUGACAGCAACUCACUGGAAACUGAGAAGGCCUUUCUUUUCUGCAGGCCUGGUUCUGUGCUGAGGGGGAGAAUGUGUGUCAACUGCCCUUUGGGUACCUAUUACUCCCUGGAGCAUCAUACCUGUGAAAGCUGCUGGACUGGAUCCUACCAAGAUGAGGAAGGGCAGCUGGAAUGCAAAAGUUGUCCAUCUGGUAGCUAUACUGAGUAUCUGCACUCUAGGAGCCUCUCUGAAUGCAAAGUACCCUGUCUUGCAGGUGAGUUCUCUCGUACAGGUUUGACACCUUGCUACCCUUGUCCCAGAGACUACUAUCAACCAGAUUCAGGAAAGUCCUACUGCUUGUCUUGUCCCUUUUAUGGAACAACAACUGUCAUUGGUGCCAGAUCCAUCACAGAUUGUUCAAGUUUUGGAUCCACUUUUUCAGCAGCUGAGGAAAGUGUAAUGAUGGUACCAGCCUCUCCAGAAAAUAUCAGCAAGCAGUACAAAGUCAGCAGUCAG